UUUAGAAUUUUCGGUAUAAAUCUCGGUACAAACCCUUACUUCGAGAAAGAACAUUUUUAGUCUGUGAAGCGCAAGGACUAUUCGAAGACGAACUGUUGGAAGUCCUUUAUAAUGUUUACACUUAAACGUAUAUUUAUUCUUUUUAUAAGUCUCGUCACUGUUACGGCAAACCAGCUGCCGCUACCUUCUCAUUUGUUGGCAACGUCACCUGAACCACCAUUUGUAGAAAUUCCUGGAAUUAAAAGCAGUUACAAUGCUUUGAUUGCAAGCGAUACCUUAAAUCUGCUGGCCGCGCGUCUUCAAUUUUCUUUGACUAUAACGCACCCGCCUGAUUUUCUGUUUGGAGGUUUCAAAAAUGGGCAAUGGGAUGGAAUCGUUGGGCAGCUUCUGCGAAAAGAAGCUGAUAUGGGGGCUAGUUUGAAUGCCAUAACUUACGCGCGAUACACCGCAGUCGAUUUCAGUGUCCCUGUGAUUUACGAUGUUACAGGAAUACUGAUUCCUUUUCCAGAUGAAACUUCAAAAAUCAUGGCGGCCUUUCUACCAUUCAGCAUAGAGGUGUGGAUAGCUUUCAUCUCCUCCACCUUUCUGGUUUACUUUACUUUAUUAAUUGAAGGAAAGAUAAAUUCGAGCAGAAAAAAAUUUGGAGACCAUGCAAUGUGGGUUGUAGGCAUCAUUACUGGUCAAGGUGUUGGAUAUAAUGAAAAUCGCUUGGGUUUGCGUCUUGCAGCGGCCACAUGGUGUUUAACGAUGGUAGUAUUCAUAUACGUUUACACUGGGGUGCUUACGGCUUUGUUAGCUGUUCCCAACUACGUUCCUAUAAUAAACACUUUAGAUGAAUUAGCUACGAGCUCCACCAUCAAGCCGGUCACGAUUAAGAGUACCGCAGUCGAUGAUAUCAUGCUGAAUGCCAAAAAUGGUACCUAUAAACUAAUCGGCGACACCUUUCGCAAAUACCCAAAUGAAACUUUAGUAGCCAACACUUUAAUUGGUGUUCAACGUGCAGUCGAAGGAAAAUAUGGAUUUUUAGAGCCACGAAUGUCCCUUUUGUCGCUGAUGGAAAACGAUCGCAAGGAACACAACAGUUGUCGUGUAACUUUGGCUAAACAAACAUUUUAUCCUCGUGCUUUCGCAUACUUUUUGCCAAAGAAAAGUCCGUUUAAAGAUGCAUUUGAUCGACAGAUAUUGUUGAUGCAACAGUAUGGAUUCAUUAUUCAUUUCCAGACGAAAAUUGUUCUGCAGAGCAAUCGCUGCCUGUUGCUUAAAAAGAAAGUUCGAAGCCGUCCCCCUAUUUUUACUUUGAAUCAUGUUAGUAGUUCAUUCGUCAUUCUUGUUUUUGGUUAUGCCGUCUCAUUUUUGUUUUUCAUCUUUGAGAACAUGUGGAAUCUUAUCGACUAUCUAUACGAUUUUUAAAAGGCAAUUUACGUUGAGUAGUCAAAUUACGACGUAGUGUAAAAGUUAAAGUAGAGUUCGCCAUUUCUUACAUAGGUAUAAUAAAUGGAAAAUAC